AAGCAAAGAACUCUUCUUAGAAGAUGUUUCGCAAUCAGUACGACAACGAUACGACGGUGUGGAGUCCACAGGGACGCCUCUUCCAGGUGGAGUAUGCCAUGGAGGCGGUUAAGCAGGGAGCGGCCACCGUCGGACUUAAGAGUAAGGACUACGCGGUGCUCAUUGCUCUGUGCCGCGCAUCGGAGACGGAAACGAUGCAGCCAAAGAUUAUGCCAGUGGAUAUGCACAUGGGCAUAUCAAUUUCAGGUCUGACUGCUGAUGCCCGCUUAAUCUGUCAGUAUAUGAGGACCGAGUGCUUGUCCUAUCGGCAUUCGUACUCCGGAAUCAUACCAGUGAACCGGCUGGUAACCAAUCUUGGCAACAAGAUGCAAGCGACCACCCAGCGCUACGAUCGCCGGCCCUAUGGUGUGGGAAUUUUGGUCGCGGGCUACGACGACGCUGGAUCGCACCUUUACCAAGUGAUGCCCUCAGCGGUGGUCCUCAACUGCAAGGCCAUGGCGAUCGGUUCGCGUUCGCAGAGCGCUCGCACCUACCUGGAGCGUCACAUGGACAGCUUCGAGAACUGCUCGAUGGACGACUUAAUUUGCCACGGUAUUAAGGCCAUUCGCGGCUCGCUGGGCUACGAGGAGAAUCCAUCCCUCGCAAUAAAUGUCGCCAUCGUGGGCGCCAAUCUACCAUUCAAGGCCUUGGGCGACGAAGAGAAUCAUAAGUACCUCGAAAUGGCUAAGGCCAUAGACAACCCAGAAAAGGUAGCCGACGAGGCACCCCCAAGCGAUGACGAUCUCUUGGGCCAGGGCCCGAGUGCACCGACCGAUGGCGAGGAUGCUGACACCAUUGCAUCCACAGAGGACAUGUAAAUUCGAGAACAUUCAAAAUUAGUACCUGUUUCGUUGAUUAGUUAUUAAAAUUAUAUGAGCGUUACACAA